AUGGGCAGGCAUGGCGUUCAGCAGGCGCUGCAGCUGGCGGCCUGUGUCCUGGGGGGCAGCUUGGCCGCCGUGCUCUUCUUGGCCAUGGCGGUGGGGAAGCCCCGUGCAGGCAGGAACGCGGAGCCGCAGGCCUGGGCGGGAGCCGCGCAUCCCAGGCCCAGCGUCUGGAACCCCAACUGGGACAGGCGAGAACCGCUCUCCCUGGUCAACCUUCGGAAGAGGAACUCGGGCUCCGGAGACGAGGACGUGGCGUCCAGGAUAGACAACUACAAAGCCAAGGCCACGCGGCACAUCUUCCUCAUCGGGCACUCCCAGCGCCACACGGACGCCCCCCGGGAAAAGGACCGCACCCUGACACCCCUGGGUCGUGAGCAGGCUGAGCUCACUGGUCUCCGACUUGCAAGCUUGGGGUUGAAGUUCAAUAAAAUCGUCCAUUCCUCCGUGACCCGCGCAGUAGAAACCACCGACAUCAUCAGCAAACACGCCAGGUGUCUCCCAGGUGUCUCCAUGGUCAGCACCGACCUGCUGAGGAAAGGCGCCCCCAUCGAGCCUGACCCGCCCGAGUCUCACUGGAAGCCGAAGGUGCAGUAUUAUGCAGACGGAGCCAGGAUCCAGGCCGCCUUCCGGAACUACAUCCACCGGGCAGAUGCCAAGCAGCAGCAGGACAGUUACGAGAUCUUCCUAUGCCACGCCAACGUCACCCGCUACAUCGUGUGCAGGGCGCUGCAGUUCCCUCCAGAAGGCUGGCUCCGCCUCUCCCUCCACAAUGGCAGCAUCACCCACCUGGUGGUCCGGCCUGGCGGCUGCGUGGCACUCACGGCCCUCGGGGACACAGGGUUCAUGUCUCCGGACAGGAUCUCCCGCUCCUGAAACCC